AUGGGACAUCCCCCACCUGCUGUAGUCUGGACCUGGAUGUUCCUGCUCUUGCUGUUGGAAGCCUGGGCAGGACACUUGAGGGCACAGGAGUCCAAGGUGCUCGGCGGCCAGGAGUGUGAGGCCCAUUCGCAGCCUUGGCAGACAGCUUUGUUCCAGGGCGUCCGGCUGCUCUGUGGGGGGGUCCUCAUUGAAGACAACUGGGUCCUCACAGCAGCCCACUGUAAAAAAAGGAAGUACACAGUACGCCUGGGGGAUCACAGCCUGAAGAAUAAAGACAGUUCAGAGCAAGAAAUGGCUGUGGCUCAGUCCAUCCCACACCCCUGCUACAACGGGAGCAAUGAGGACCACAGUCAUGAUCUCAUGCUCAUCCGACUACGUGGUCGGGCAUCCCUGGGGCCCCAAGUGAAGCCCAUCAACCUGGCGGAUCACUGCCCUGAAGUUGGCCAGAAGUGCACCAUCUCAGGCUGGGGCACCGUCACCAGCCCCCGAGAGAAUUUUCCUGACACCCUCAACUGUGCAGAAGUAGAAAUCUUUCCCCAGAAGAAGUGUAAGGAUGUCUACCCUGGGGAAGUUACAGAUGGUAUGAUUUGUGCAGGCGACAGCAAUGGGGCCGACUCAUGCCAGGGAGAUUCCGGGGGUCCGCUGGUGUGUGGUGGUGUUCUGCAGGGCAUCACAUCCUGGGGAUCAGACCCCUGUGGGCGGCCUGAGAGACCUGGUGUCUACACCAACAUUUGCCGCUACUUGGACUGGAUCAAGAAGACCAUAGGAGGCAGGGGUUGA